AAAGGCAAAAUCUAUCCUACACCACAUCUCCACUAUCAUACACCACGUCAAUUGUCCAUCUCCUUCCCUGCUGCCAACCACCAACACCCUUCGCACCAAACCACCAUCCCACGCAUCAAGCAACAACACCAACACCUGCACUCCUCCCCUACACCAAUUCUCACCACGAACAACACAACAACAAACCCAAAAUAGCAAUCAAAAUCAAGCCAAGAACAGAGCAAAAACAGAGUAUAUUGAUUCGUUCGAACCCGUAUCGAGUUCGACCGAACCGAAGAUUUAGAGUUCCUGUAAGUAUGAGGUUCGCUCAAACCAUCGAGGAGUUCGUCCGAACAGCAAUCAAGUUCGCCCGAACCUUUUUCGGGUUCGACCGAACAUUUCACCGCUCAAAUUGGUACGGAAUUAAUGAAGUCACGUGGCUGCGCUCGUGGUUGAGGUUGAUGGAAUCAUGGAAGAUCGACGGUGAUGAUGGUCGAUUCAUUGUUGCUCGACGGUGACCGUUGAUGAGGACGAUGAUGAUGAUUGAAGAUGAGGGUGAACGGUGAUGAUAGACGGACGGCAGCUGAUGAUGAUCGUUGAUGACGAUGAGGAUCGACGGUGGAUGACGAUUGAACCGCUGAUCAUUGAUGGAGGGGCGUUGAUUGAUGAGGAGAUGAAGACGAAGAAAAAGGAGGGGACGCUAAUAAGUGGGUGAAGAAGGGUCUGAUGUUUUCUUUGGGGAUUUUGAUCCCAUCUUUAUUUUCUUUAUCUUUUCCUUAUUUUUUUCCCUCUUUUAAUUCUUUUUCUUUUCUUUUCUUUUACUUUUCUUUUACUCUCUUUUUAAUUCUUUUAGUUUCUUGGUUUUAUUUACUUUGUUUUUUUUUUUUUUUUUUGGAGUUUUAGAAGAGUAGUAUAAAUACACUCUUGCUCUCAUUUUGGGGUAUGUACAUAAUUAGUCUCAUUUUCUAGGGUUUUAGUUUAGUUUAGUUUAGAGAGAAAAAGUGAGAAAAAUUAAUGGAAAGCUUGGAUUUUGGAUGAUUGAAGGAGCAAUCUAGAGAUUUGAACAACUCCUUAGCUUCACUCAAUGAGAAUUUCUUACUCUCUCUUCUCUUUAUUUAUUGCCUUAUUUAUUGCUUUAUUUAUUGUUUUGAUUAGUUUAAUUAUUUUUGUUUAAUUUAAUGAUUUAUGUUUAGAUUAGUUGUUGUUAUUGUUUAGAAUCAUGUUUUUAGUUGUUAAUUUCUAUAAAUUUUAUGUUUUUAUGAUUAUGGAGUAGUUUAUUGAUUAGGGUUUGGUGAAAACUCAACAUUGAUUGGUUUGGGUGUUUGUGAUUGGAAAUUAGGGAUUUUCAUGAUUAAAUUAUUGCAUGUUUAGGCAUUUCCAAUACAUGUUGCAUUUAACUUGAUCAAUUGAAUGUUCCAUGAUUGCUUGGAGUAGUCUAGUUGGGUUGGAAAGGGAUUAAAGACCUAAACUUGACUAUUUGGUUGAAUUAGGACUUUAACUUACCCCGGGUAUGAUAGGGUAGAACGGGAGUUCGUCCUUGAUGCUUAGGGAAAUUGUUCGCGCAUCGGGAGAUGGUUGGAGCUAUUUGUGAAUUCAACGUUUAUCAUGUAGUGCUUGUGAAUUUCCCCGUUUUCAAUUCUCUUAUGUCCAUUCCAUGAUUUGUUGUUGUUUGACCCAUUCCCUAAUCUCGUUUGCUUUUGGUUUCUUAGUUUAGUUGAUUUAAUUUAGUUAGUUAGUUGACUUUCCAAAACCUCGUUUCGACCUAGCUUGUUGUUCGAUUAACAUAGAUUAGUGCACCUUAGUCCUUGUGGAUUCCGACCCUUUCUUACCGCUUUACUUGUGUUUAGUGGUUAGUGUAGGUAAUUUGUUUGAUUAGGAGAGACUAGUAACGACCUAGUUUUCCCCUCGAUCAAUUUGUAUGACAAAUUUAAUGUUGGAAUAAUGAGAAGAAGUAAAUGAAUAAAUUAAAACACACACAAAGAUUUAAGGUGAUUCACUCUUCAAUUAGCUACAUCCACCACGGGGGAGGGUUUGGAGCUUGUAUUACUCUUCAAUGGAGAAAGAAUUACAAAGAGGAAUUCUCAAAGGUGAAGAAGAGAGAAUUCUAUGUAUGCUUAGAUCUAGGGUUUCAACCUCACUUGUGUUUCUCUCUCUUGAUUAUGAAAUUCUCAUUACAUUUGGUAUUUAUAGUGUUAGACAUCAAACCAAUCUAAGGGACAAGAAAAUGCCACGUUGAUUGAACCUUGCGGAGAAGAAAACAGUUUACCCGCAGGGUUCGGCCGAACUUACCCAAAGUUCGGGCGAACCUCCAAAAUCUCAAAGUUCCUGAUUCUCUUGAGGUUCGGUCGAACCAUCUAAGAGUUCUGCCUAACUUCCAGCAGGUUCGGCCGAACUUACCCAAAGUUCGGGCGAACCUCCAAAAUCUCAAAGUUCCCGAAUCUCUUCAGGUUCGGUCGAACCAUAUAAGAGUUAGGCCGAACUUCCCUGCUUCAUGACAGCUUCUCGUAAAAUAGUCAUAACUCCCUCAUUUCUCAUCCAAAAUGAUCUUAUGACUAGGCGUUGGAAAGCUAUUGAGCCAAGCUUUCACCUCCAACUAGAAUCAACUCAAUCUAAUGAGUAGAUCAUGAGAUAUGUCAAUUUGAAGUCAGACCUUCCACUAUAACACCCUAACAUCCUUCAAGGAAGAUUCGAGGCACACAUAACAAAUUACAUUGAGGGGAUCCGAGAAGGGAUGGGUUUUUGUCCUUUGUUCCGAAACUACCAAAAACGUUAGAAUUUAAGCUUGUUUUAUUUUUCAAAUUAAAACCACUGCGCACCGCCAUAGCGCCGGCGACACCACUGCCACGCCUAGCCAUUGCGCCGGAGACACGGCCGCCGCGAAGAUAUUAUGCGUGGAGGUUGUGUCUCCAGCACAAUAACUGUGCGCGGCAACCGUGCUGCCAGCGCAAUGGCAGUGCACGGUGAUUUUAAUAAAAAUAAAUUAAUUAAAAACUGUAGAAGAAGACGCAACGGUCUGCCAUUAUUGUCUGCACAUUCUUUGACCGUCUUUGCAAUAUCUUGAGCAGCAAUGGAUUUAGGGUCCACGGAGCGAUGGUUAAAGAUGAGUUCGAACUUGCUAGAUGAGACGACAACAGACAUCCAUUUUGGUAAGAACUUGGCUUCAUUAUCCGUUUAAUGAAGUCGAGUUUCAUUUUUAAUUUAUUGAGUAACCUCUCAUAUGUGAAGUACAUAACUCUGCCGUAGUUGCGCAGUUGCGCACCCGUGAAGCCGCGCUUGUACAUGGGUGCCAAAGUUUCGAAAUCAUGAUCCAUAUUGUUGUGUCCAUAAUUCAUUAGGUUCAUUUUUGUACUAAUUCCAUCCUUUGUACCUAAAUGGACAUAAUACAAAAGCAUAAUUAAAUUAAAUUCAGGGUACUCAUGAAAUUAUUGUUGAUUAAUUAUUUUUAUUAUUAUUAAUGGAGUGGGUGAAUAUUAGAAGGGAAAAAUCAUAUUUUCCUACUAUAAAUGCGGGCGUUUUUAAAACGCGGGCGCUGAAUAACGAUACACUAUAUAAAUGUGGGUGCCGAUAAAUCAUCAUUCUCCGUAUACAUUGAAUGAGUAAUCUUUCCGUUUCGAAAUAAUAGGGACACUUUGACUUUUAACACUAUUCACAAAUGUUAAUUUGACUAUCAUUUGUGAUUUAUGGGUAAGGAAAAAUAUAGUCGUGUGCGAUUUUGUUUGAUUCGUCUCGACAUGUACUUUUGGAAUAUCAAUAUUUUAUAACUUUUACAAAUAAAAAAUUAGAGAUAUUAAUAAUUCAUUGAAAAACGUGAAAAAAAAUUUGCAUUGAAAAACAUGAAAAAGUAAACCAUACCUAUUAUUUCGAAACGAAGGGAGUAACUUGUUUCCACCAAGGGCACCAACCUACAAAGUCUACUUAAUUAGGCUAAUGGGUCCCAUGAUGAUUUAAGUACUCCCUCCGUUUCUUUUUGUUUGUUACGUAUUCCUUUUAGGGUGUUUCACAAUGUUUGUUACGUGGGAGAAUCUUUCCUUUUAUAAACUUAUUACACUACAAAAAACUGGGCCAUCAACGACAACCCAUUUACGACAGGCCCAAAACCCGUCGUUGAUGACAUGGUUUUUAUGACGGGAAAGUUGAACCGUCAUAACCCACCCACAAAAACUAAACCCAUGCUCUCUUAUUUUCCCUCUUCCUUCAUUUUGCUCCAUCAAACAAGAGGGGAAGCCGACAAACUUCUCAAAGCUUCAAACAAACAAACAAAGGCGACAAACUUCCUCUCUCACUCGGCGACUCGACUCCAUCUUCACCGCAAGAGAUUCUUGAAAUUCCUCCAUGAAAAUCGACUUUAUUCAAUCUUAAUCGAGCCUUUUCAAGUUUAAUUAAGCCAAUACAGCUGCAAGUUAGAGAUUAUUUGAGUAAAUAUUGAAGGAUGCAAGUUAGGUUUCCUCUAAAUUGAAGAUUCGAAUAUUGUUGCUUGCAGAUUCGUAUUAUCAGGUAUAUAAUUUCACUCUUUUAUUAUCGUUUUUAGUUGCUUUAAUUUGAUUUAUUGCUUCAAUUUGAUUUAUUGAGUAUGAUGCGGUUUAUUUCCCGUUUAUGAUAAUGGAAUUAUGUUUGAUUUUCCUGAGAAUCUAUAAUACUGUUUAUUUCAUGUUUAUGAUAAUAAAAUUAUGUUGGAUUUUCCCUGAGAAUCUAUAAUUUGAAUUUGAUUUUUGUGACAAUCUCAGUCAUAAUAAUUAAUUAGCUACUGAUUCAAACAAUUUGCAAAUCUACUUAGUCUCUGUUUUUUAUAUGUGAAGAAUAUUGCUGAUAGAAGCCUAUGUUAUCUACUUAGUGUGCUUAAAUUGGGAAUUCCUUUGCAUUUACAAUACUUUAGUGAUUCCUAUGUUUUGGAAUUGGCUAAUUCAGAUUAUAAAACAUACAAAAUUCGAGAUAUUAGCUUCAGAGCAGAAAUUUAAUCACCAGAAAUUUAUUUUAUUACUCAUAUUCAUCAAUUUGAUUUGUGUGUGAUGGCUCUGUUAAUUUGUUUGUUUGGUUUAUGAUCCUGCUUAUAGUUCAAACUGGUGCUUGCAUUCUGAACAUAUUCAUCAGUAAGAUGGUUAACCACAUUUUAGAGGUUUCGGCAGUGGGAAUCAACUUGUACUCAUUUCAUCAAUUUGAUUUGUGUGUGAUUAUAGGAUGAAUAUGUCAUUGGUGCCAUGUUUCAGUUCAUUUAGCUUUUUCCAUGGCUUUUUCCAUUGGUGCCAUGUUUUAGUUCAUUUAGCUUUUUCCAUGUUUCAGUUCAUUUUAGAGGUUUCGGCAGUGGUAAUCAACUUGUACUGUUUGAGAUUGCCUCUAUCGUGUCUAUCCCGAAAACUAAUUCCUUAACUUAUUGUAGCUUAUUGAGCUGAGCAUGUUAUUAACUUUCCUUGCAGUUCAGUUUGCAUGUUGGAUAUUUAAAAACUGCGGAAUGGUAUUGAAUGUUUAUAAACACAAAUUAUAUUGCUCAUAAUCAUCAUAUUACAUGUCUGUCUAGAAAUGUGGGUUUUAAUGAUGAAUGUCAUAAUUAGCAAUUUUUAAUGAUGGCUCUGUUACGCGUCAAUUACGUUUGUUUGAAUGUCUUUUUUAUUCAUAAUGUCGUAGGAUGGAUAAGGAAAAGGGAUGAGAAUGGAUGCACUUGGAUGAUAGGUUUAGAAAAGCAUAUAGAGAGGGGGUUUUGGAGUUUUUAGAUUAUGCAUUUUCUAAAGUUGUAGAUUCUCAACUUAUAUAUUGCUUGGGGGUCCAGUACAGUAUAGAUGGAUGUAUCCGGUGGGCGGUUUUUGUAUACUCUUAAGUCGUUUGUUCGUAAUAGAGCUUGUCCAGAAGGGUCGAUAGCAGAAUAUUUUACAGCUUAUGAAUGCUCGACUUUAAUUUCAAGGUAUUUGCAUGACAUCAAUACUAAAUUCAAUCGCCAGGUAAGGAACUUUGAUGGUGGUGUCAUUGAAAAUCUUGGAGGACUAUCCGUAUUCUGUCACCUUGGACGACCAUUAGGGGCUGGGCAAGCACAUGACUUAGCCUUACAUGAGUGGGAGCAGGCCCACACAUAUGUUCUCAAGAAUUGCCGAGAGGUGAAACCAUUUAUCCAGAAAUUCCAUGAGGUGGUAGAUAAAAGAGGCUUGGAGAUACCAAUUCAAAGUUGGAAUUCAAGUUUCAUAAAGUGUUUUCGUAAAGCGAAUAAUAUGUCCCCUUUUGCAAAAAUAAAGGAAAUACUUGGUAGGAGUCGCAUGAAUUGUAGAGCUAAAGAAACUAAUCAACAAGCCCAGGAUAUUCUGUUUGAAGACGACUUGGGCAGUCUCUUACAAGGUCAGGUAGAAAAUACUAACACUAUUGGAGCUAGCUCUUCUUCAAGUGCUCCGGUAAAGACGAAGAAUCUCAAUCUAGUACCUCGAGGAAGAAACAAGUGCAAGAAGGUUGCACAUCUUUCAACAGGGAAGAAACUUCGGGUAGCGUUUUAUGAAGGUCGAGUAGUGGGUGAUGAUGGAAAUGAAUUCACAAGGUAUAUUGGAAAAAUUGUUCGUAACCCCAAUUUGUGUCCCGUGAGAGUUCACAAAUGGGAAGAUUUGGACUCAGAUAAUGUAGAACAUAUGUGGGCUGUUUUACAGGAAAUGAUCAAGAAGACAAUUCAAGAAAAUCCAGAGAUGGAGGUAUUUGAUGUCAUAGAAGAAUGUUUUGGGAGGCGAAAUAAAGGAUAUGUGGCUGGGUAUGGUGGUUCUGUCAAGCCUAAGGAUCUAAGAGGACCUCUACCAAACCGAUUUGACCUUGAAAUGAAGUUAAAACAAGCUGGAAAAGUUAAUGAAGUGUUACUGGGAAGAAUAGAACAUGUGGAAGCAGAAAAUAGAACCUUUGCUACUCGUUUAAAUGAAGUUGAGGCAAAAUUUCAGGUAAAACUUCAGGGCAUUCUAGAUGCUUUUAGUGAUUAGUAAGGUAUUUUGUGACAAUUAUUUGGAUGGUGGAUAUCAUUUCUACUGGCUUCCUUGCUGACUGCUCUCAAGUUAAGUUGGUGUUGCUGAUAUGCUUCCUUGCUGACUGCUCUGCUAAUUAAAUUGCCUCAUUUCUACUGACCGACUCUUCUCUGUUGUAGACAAGUCAGUUUGAAUUUUUAUAUAAUUAGUCAUCAGAUAAAUUGGAACUUUUAUAUAAUUAGGCAUCAGACAAUUGGUUGUGGUGGUUUUAAUCAUGGGCCACUGCUGUUGAUUUGGAUUUUUUGUAUUGAACUGGGGUUGUGUUGUUUUCAUUGAUUUGUAUGCAAUGAUGAUGGUAUUACUAUAAUGUAUAAAUCAUUUAUAUUUCUUUGGGAUA